UUGUUUUGGGUUGCUAAGGCGGAAGCGGAAGUGACUCCAUGACGUUAUUUUUGUUAUGUAUACCAGCUGAUCAACAGCGCGAGCGUUGCAGUGAAGCUGCGACGCUGGAAAGAAUCAUUUAGAACGUUUUAUUUUCGUGUUGCUUUCUCGUUUCUCGCUCCUUUGUUCGUUUAGUUUAAUUCAGGAAUCAUUCAGCAGGCAGUAAAACCCCUCUCCAGAUGAGCAAGUCGACCGCCUGUGUGCUGUACAGGCUGGGCCACAACAAACUGGCCUGCUACGCUAGUUAUUAACUGAUCAGCAAAACAUCCUGCUAGCACAAAACAGCUGAAGAAGGAAAGUGUUUAAGUAACAAGCAAGACGUAAACAUCAUUUAUUAGACUAACUGUUGGGCUCUAAUGUCAGACAGUACAACCAUCGCCAUAACAUACUUAUAGAUACCACAGAAUUUACACAAGUAAAAUGUGGUUAAAACUAUUUUUCUUGCUCUUGUAUUUUUUGGUUUUGUUUGUCCUGGCUCGGUUUUUCGAAGCCGUUGUGUGGUAUGAAACGGGAAUUUUUGCCACCCAGCUGGUGGAUCCUGUAACACUGAGCUUUAAAAAGCUGAAGACCAUCCUAGAGGGCAGAGGACUGGGAUACUCUGGUCUUGUAGAGAAGAGGGACGUCAGAGAGCUGGUUGAAAACUCUGGGGACCUGAUGCAAGGGGAGCUCUAUUCAGCUUUAAAAAAUGAAAAAGAAGAAGCAGGAUCUGACUCCAGCACCAGUUUUAGUGGGGAGAUGCACUUUUAUGAGUUGGUGGAAGACACUAAGGAUGGCAUCUGGUUGGUCCAGGUAAUAGCCCAAGACAGAAAUCCACUAUUGAGCACAGUCAACUGGGGGAAAAUGGUACAGAAAGUUUCUCGCUUUGGCAUUCGCACUGGCACUUUCAACUGCUCAAGUGAUGCCAGAUAUUGCCAUAAACGUGGCUGGAUGAAGUCCACUCUGAUCAUGUCAGUUCCCCAGACUCAUGCCUCUAAAGGAAAGGUGAUACUGAAAGAGUAUAAUGGUAGGCGAAUUGAAACAGACCACAUCUUCAAAUGGAUGACUGCACAUGUAGCCUCCCGAAUCAAGACCAUUCGUUUCUCUCAACAAUUAAUGGAAGACUGGUACCAGAAAGAAACGCAACCUGUUAAGAUGUUCUUAUUUGCCAAAUUGCUCCAGCCCCCUGCCUUCUUCUCAGCCCUCAGCAUCAAAUUCACAGGGCGCAUAGAGUUCAUAUUUGUUGAUGUUCGUAACUGGGACAACACAACUUGCUUGGAGGAGAUUGGGGUGCAACAGAUGCCCUCAUAUAUUCUCAAAACACCAGAGGGUAUCUACAGAUAUGGCAACAGCACUGGGGAGUACAUUUCUUUACAUGCCAUGGAGACAUUCCUACGAUCUGUUCAACCAGAGGUCAAUGAUCUAUUUGUUUUAAGCUUGGUUAUGGUCAACCUGAUGGCCUGGAUGGACCUUUUCAUAACGCAGGGAGCCACUAUUAAGCGCUUUGUGGUUUUGAUCAGCACACUAGGUACCUAUAAUUCUUUACUCAUAAUUUCUUGGCUCCCCAUUCUUGGAUUUCUUCAGCUUCCAUAUUUAGAUAACUUCUAUGAGUACAGUCUUAAACUGCUGCGCUAUGCAGACACCACCACUCUUGCCUCUUGGGUUAGGGCAGAUUGGACCUUCUAUUCUUCACACCCAGCACUUUUCCUGAGCACCUACUUGGCCCAUGGGCUCCUCAUAGACUACUUUGAGAAAAAGAGGAGAUGUGGCAAUGAAGACCAAAAUGCAAACAACCUGGAGUGGUUGUCCAGUCUUUGGGAUUGGUACACCAGCUAUUUGGUACAUCCCAUUGCUUCCUUUCAGAAUGAGUCAGACUGGGAUGAUGAUCCUAAUUUUCUUUUAGAACGGUUGGCCUUCCCAGACCUCUGGCUUCACCCACUUGUUCCCAUCGACUACAUAAAAAAUCUGCCCACUUGGAGGUUCAGGUGCACAAAGUCAGAGGGGACCAACAGAAUGGACCAAGCUAAUCCAACAAACAAGGGCCAUCUGUCAUUCGUGGAACCAAGUAGUGAGCAGCAAGAACAAGAUUACAGCUCACAGAGGGCUCAUACAAGUGAAAUGAGUUCUGUCAGGAAGAGGUCUCAAUAUUCCGGGUCUUCUGGAGAGGAACAUGACACUGAUUGGUCCCAGUGGCCCUGUGGCAUGCUUCAUUGCACAGAAUGUGUCGUUUGUUUGGAAAACUUUGAAACAGAAUGCCUUGUUAUGGGACUGCCGUGUGGCCAUGUGUUUCACCAGCAGUGCAUUGUGGUCUGGCUGGCAGGUGGGCAGCACUGCUGUCCAGUGUGUCGGUGGCCAUCCUAUAAGAAGAGACCAGCCAGACAACCCUAUGCAGAUUUUCCACCUGAACCAGAAUAGCAUAGACCAUUCAUUGAAAACCUGAUUUCCAUACAUAACUUAUGAAUCUUUGAUGUGCCCAUUGUAAAUCUGUAGGCCUGUAGAUCCAUGUUAUUGAGUCCUGUUUUUAUUUUUUUUUGGUGGUAUUAACCUGCAUACUUAUUAGUGUGUUAUGACAUUUUUCUGGACACGUUAAGUCGAGACAUGGACUAAAUAUUAAUUAGAUUUGCUGAAUUAACUCUUUUAGUCCAUGACUAAUUCUAAAUAUAUACAAAAAAUGUGCCUACUGGGUACCUUAAUCUUGCUAACAUGAUUUAAGUAUAUACCUAGAGAUUAAAUAUGUGUGAAAAGUACAAUUUUAUAACUGGCAAAGUGAAGCACUUUUGUUUGUAUCAAAGAAGGUAAUAUCAUCACUAUUGAAAAGACAUGUUACUUUCUUAGGUUUUGAAGUUUCUAAGUUUUAUUUUUGAUGAAAGUAAAAAUCCCCAUCAUCUUUUCAUGUAUAGGUUUAAUGUGUGUUCAGUUUAUAAAGUACCACGAUACAUAAAUCAGCCACAGCUCUAGGCAUCUCAGGUGGUGAUUAGUAAUUUCAUCUAUUUUCAGGUGGACAGUUCUGACCAAUAUGAAACAUAGUGGAGUUUUGUCAGGGUUUCUACUAUAGUGCUGGUGAUUAUGUAGACAGUCAAAACAAAUGUACAGUUUUGGCUGUAAAGGAUUCUUGUGUCUGUGGAACGACGAAACCAAGGCAGCCUUCUUCAACAUUCUGUAGAAGUCCCAGGAGAAAAUCGUCCAUGCACUAGAUUCUUAAACGUUGUCAUUAAAUAGUAGUCCGUGAGAAGAGAAGGAUCGAAACAAUUAAAACAUUGUCAUGUAACAAUGUGCUUUUGAUAUCAAGGCUUUCACUUCCAGUCCAAUUUAAGGCAGGAGCAAGACACCAGAGACCUUAAAUGUGACAUUAAUAUGGAGUCUCACACCAAAACACAUUGAUUAUAGUGGCAAGCUCUUUAAGCUGUUUUAUGUUUCAAAGGGAAAAGUGACCACAGAAAUAGUAUAGUUGCAAUAUGGGCACAUCAAAGUCAGAUUCUUCAUAUAUCUAAAACUAAAGUCUUCUCAAAAUAGAAUUUUGUCUUGAGAACAAAAUACAAUAAAUGUUAUAUUACAUAAAAACUGUGUAGUAAAAACGUAAUAUUGUAAAAAAAAAAAAAA